GCACGUGUGCGCAAUUCUCACCUCUCGCCCUCGUCUCUUCUCUCCCGCCGUCCGUGCGCUUCUCCACAUCUUCUCCUCUUCUCCUGCGGUUGUGGCCCAGCGCAUCGCGCGGGUUUUGGAUCAGCUCCGCCUCCGAACCCUAACCCUAAUUCUAAAUCCUGACCGGCUUCUCCUUUUCCUCUUUUGAUUUGGAGGGAGGAAUCUAUCUCCCUCUUCGAUUUGGAAUCCGUUCCUUUCUGUGUUGAUCUCGUGGAGGUGAUCCAAGGCCGGCUAGAGCUGUUCGAUGUCGCCUGAUGUCGUAGUGGUCGGCCUUUGAUAGCUCCUUUUGGGAUUCAGUUCGCCUUCUCUCCCUCGGUGUCUCCUAGGUUUAAUUUUUAGAUAUAUUUGCUUCGUUGGAGACGAGUGCUGGCAGUGGAAGUGAAUACUUGUUCUGCAUUUGAAGCUCUUUUUUUGUUGAAUAUCUAAUGGCCAGGUUUCUGGCUUUUAGUAGGAUUUGGAAUGUAGGGCAUAAGUUACAAGCAAAUCAGAGACAUUCACUGACUUCUUUUGGAAUACCUUUAUCGUGCCGAACUUUUACACAGUAUAGAGUUCCUCGUGGCGGAAGUUAUUCUGUCACUCUGUAUAAAACCAAGGAAAAUUUUCAGAGGAGUAGUUAUAGCCAGAAUUUUUCUGUAGUUUCAACCAGUAGUUCCAUUUGGCACCAUGCCCAAGGCACUUGGAAGAAUCUAUCAAAUAUAUGCUCUCAUAGAGGAGUAGUCUCUCCUUCACUAAGCAAGAUAGCAUGCGCAACAAGUUUGGCCUGCACAAGAUGCCAUAUGGUUCCUAGUGUUCUUGCCUUAAUUGCUGGAGGGAUAGCAUUCAAUCGGGAGGCUUUUGCAGAUGGGGAGUACUUUCCUAAAAGAAACACCUUAUUUAUGCGAGCAGAAGAUAGUCAUGUUUAUCUGAGCUCCUUUAUUUUUGCAGCUAUAGAGUAUUUUAUUUUGUUUCUAAGAUCAAUCUAUUUGGCAAUUCUGUUCUCUCCUGUCAUAAUGAUGGCACCAUUUGCGGAUAGUUUUGGCCCUCAGUAUAGAAAUACAUGGGUUCAUCUUGUCCACCGGACAUUGGAGAAAGCUGGUCCAGCUUUCAUUAAAUGGGGUCAAUGGGCUGCUACCCGACCGGACCUAUUCCCUAAUGAUCUCUGCACUGAACUGGCUAAACUUCACACCGAAGCACCUGCACACAGCUUUGCGUACACUAAGAAAACUAUUGAGAAAGCAUUUAAUUGCAAAAUUUCUGAUUUCUUUGAGAAUUUUGAAGAGGAACCUGUGGCAUCUGGAAGUGUCGCUCAAGUACAUCGAGCUUCAUUGAGAUGCAAGCAUCCAGGACAAAAGGUGAAGCAGGUUGACGUUGCAGUGAAAGUUAGGCAUCCUGGUGUUGGUGAAGCAAUCAGAAGGGAUUUUACGAUAAUUAAUAUUGUAGCAAAGAUUUCAAAUUUUAUCCCUACACUAAAGUGGUUGCGGCUGGAUGAAAGUGUGCAGCAGUUUGCUGUUUUCAUGAUGUCUCAAGUUGAUCUUGCAAGGGAAGCUGCACAUCUAAACCGUUUCAUUUAUAAUUUCCGGAGGUGGAAGGAUGUUUCUUUUCCAAAGCCUCUGUACCCACUUGUGAAUCCUGCUGUUUUGGUGGAGACAUUUGAAAAAGGAGAGUGCGUUUCUUACUAUGUUGAUGAGCUUGAAGGAAAUGACAGAAUUAAAAGUGCACUUGCUCACAUUGGGACUCACGCGCUCUUGAAGAUGCUUCUGGUCGACAAUUUCAUUCAUGCCGACAUGCAUCCAGGAAAUAUCCUUGUUCGGUUGUCUCAAUCCAAGCGGCCAAGCAAAAGGCUCUUCAAAUCCAAGCCUCAUGUUGUUUUCCUUGAUGUAGGCAUGACUGCUGAGCUUUCAAACAGUGACCGUGUAAAUUUACUGGAUUUUUUUAAGGCCGUUGCAGUUCGAGAUGGACGUACUGCUGCAGAGUGUACUCUGAGGUUAUCAAAACGACAGAACUGUCCAAACCCAAAGGCCUUCAUUGAGGAAGUUGAGAAGUCUUUCACCUUUUGGGGUACCACAGAAGGUGAUCUUGUUCACCCAGCUGAGUGCAUGCAACAGUUGCUUGAGCAAGUUCGACGUCACAGAGUCAAUAUUGAUGGCAAUGUCUGUACUGUGAUGGUUACUACCUUAGUCCUUGAGGGUUGGCAGCGCAAGUUGGAUCCUGAUUAUAAUGUGAUGCAAACGCUACAAACAUUGUUGUUCCGAUCCGACUGGGCAGAGUCUCUUAUCUACACAAUUGAGGGACUCAUGGCUCCAUAGAAAAUAAUCCUAAAUAGCUAUCUGUAACUUCAAGAAACACAAGUUUUGACAGCAAAAAUAGAAUUAGUGAACUAAGUCAAUUUUGUAUACCUUCACCUUAAUUUUCAAAUUUUCAAAGAAGGUAAUGAUCCUUUUUUUUUU